AUGGACGGCAGACCGGUGACGGCGGAUGACGUGGUGGAGGCGAUGCGGGAGUUCGUCUGGUUGCGGCCGCCGCGCCCCUCCUCCGAGUUCUUCUCCCGCUUCAGUGCCCCGCGGUCUUGCUCCAAGUGGAUCAGCCGCCUCGAGUGCAACCUCUACUACUAUGGGACCAACUACUUCAUCUUGAUCAUAUUGAUAGGGAUGAGCUUCCUUCAGAAACCAGUUACCAUACUUACAGCUUUUGCAACUGGCCUCAGCAUUGCAUUUAUCAGUGACAGUUUUGCAGUUACUUCCACCGACAAAGUUAUAAGCAUUGUCAGAAAAUUCUCACCGGAUUUAGCUGCCAAGAUGAGACCGUACAUGAACCCUUUCCUUCAUGGCCGACCAAGUAUAAAGGGAUCAACUCAUAUUUGUGGCCGACCUCUGUCUAUGUGGGUCAUUGCCCUGUUCCUUUUUGAAGUUAGCUGCAUUUUCUGGGCGAGCUCCUGCAAUUUCCUGAUAGUUCCGUGGGCACUAUACGUUGGUGUACUCGUAACCUUGAUUCAUGCCAGCUUCAGAGAACGUAAUCUGAAAGGUCGUUUCAACAGAUCCAGGAAGGAAUGUCGAGAAGCAUGGUAA